CAAACGCUUUAGACACAACGCAUUAACUACCCAAACGAAGGUUUCCAGACGAUAUCGCUCAACACACCUUUCCAAGACUCAGCAUGGGGGACCCACAACAAACAGAAUCGCUUGUACCGAAGACGUUUCCAGACUUCGGAGUCAUGCAGCUGGACGAAGUUCUGGAGAAGAUUGGUCAGUUCGGACGCUACCAGAAGAUCAUUUUCGUGUUGAUAUGUAUCCCUGGUAUAAGUUGUGGGAUUGUAAUGACGUUGGCGGUGAUAUUGUUGGGAGUACCGAACCACAGAUGCAGUAUUCCUGGGUAUGAGAAUGACACCUACUCCAUACAAGACUCCGUACAUCAAGACUACGUGUCUAGGUAUAUCCCGCCAUCCACGAAGGAUACCUCUCUCAUUUACGACGGGUGCCAAUUAUACAGUUACAACUCCUCCAGUACCACGUUCGACAACUCCAGUCAUCCAAUCAAUGCAUCUCUGGUGACGUGUGCGUCAUGGGUUUAUGACGAUAGUGAGUUCUACGAAACGUUUGUUUCCAAGCAUGACCUGGUAUGUGGCAGCCACUAUAAAGUAUCCACAGCUAAGUCAAUCUUCUUCGGGGGUGUUUUGGUGGGCGCUCUCGUCUUCGGUUCCCUCUCAGACGGCAUUGGUCGUAAAAAGACCAUCAUGGUUUCAAUGGCGUUGCUAUUUGCAUCGUCACUUGGCCUGGCCUGGGCUCCGAACUACAUUGCAUACGUCAUUCUGAGGUUCCUGGCUGGUAUGGCAUUCUCAGGCACAUUCAUUACAGCUUACGUCAUAGGUGUGGAAAUCGUUGGUCCAACAAAGCGUAAAUACACUGGUAUCAUCAACGAAAUUUUCUUCGCCUUUGGAGAAUGUUGCUUGGCUGGGAUUGGUUACUUAGUCAGAGACUGGCACCACGUGGAAAUCAUCAUAGCAGCACCGAUGGUCUUAUAUCUGACAUAUUGGUGGUUCAUCCCCGAAUCUCCAAGAUGGCUCAUCAACAAAGGUAGGUUUGAUGAAGCAGAGGACAUACUGAGAAAAGCAGCAAAGUUCAACAAGAAAGAGUUACCUGAAAAAAUUCUGGACAGAGAAGUCAGGGACAAGCCAAAACAAGAGAAAAUCUACAAGAUAUUCACGUCACGUAUCCUAUUUAUCCGAACAUUAAUCAUCCUCUACAACUGGAUGGUGGUGAGUUUAGUGUAUUACGGACUGACCUUGAACUCUGGAAAUCUCAGUGGAGAUGUUUACCUCAAUUUCUUUUUCUCUGGAAUGGUUGAGUUCCCAGCUUACAUUAUCAGCAUCAUUUUCCUCGACAGGUUAGGCAGGAGAACACUGCACUGUACAAGUAUGCUCGCUGGGGGCAUAGCGUGUCUGUCAACAAUUUUCACCGUUUUGUAUGGCGGUAAAGAUCUCCAAACUUUAACAACAGUCCUAGCUUUAAUAGGGAAGCUUGGGUCAUCUGCGGGAUUCGCCAUCAUCUACAUAUAUUCUGCGGAGCUGUUUCCAACCGUUCUCAGGAAUGCUGCCAUUGGUAUAUUUUCGUGUGGUGCAAGGGUUGGUAGCAUGGUUGCUCCUUUGAUAGCAGAUUCGUCCCAACUCAUUGGCGGUAAGAUGGGCCAAGCCGUACCAUUGGUGAUAUUCGGGGCGGCAUCUGUCCUCGCUGGUAUUCUCACAAUGUUUCUACCAGAAACGCUUAAUACACGGUUGCCGGAAACAAUAGAAGAUGCAAGACUAUUCGGAACGGAGGAAUAUAAACGAAAAAAGAAGCUUGAUGUUCGUGAUGUUGAAAUAACUAAAUUUUAGUAGGAAUUCGUGCAUUGCUCAUUUGUAUACUCAAGGACUUGUUUGAUCAUCUGACUGUUUAUAUUUAUUGGGAGUGGCAAUAUGUCUAAUACCCUAUCGUGAAAAUGAAGACAUGUGAUGGGUUUCAAGCAUCUUCUCAACUUUUAUAGGAUAAUGCUUUCUGGACAUAGUAAGAUGUUAAUUUCAUAAUUCUACAUUUCUUAGUUAUCAGUAACGUAGACAAAGUGAAUGGUAAAAAAGAACAUUUUCAAAGUCGUCGGUAUUGUCUAAUUGUAGACUCAACUCGAUACCAUCAUACCCACCAACACAUUAUUGUCAUAUUCGCAGCAGGGGCUAUCAUUCUCUAAAUGAUACAAGCCUUAUGCCCCUUUUUCAACUUAUAUGUACGAUAUUGGUUCUUGUGAACUGCAAGGACAUUAACUCUCGAUACGUACAUGUAUUCUAACAGGUUAUCAAAUGAGUUUCUGCAUUUUACGUAACUUUUGAUAAGGCAUUGUUUGUUGUCAAAUUUUUAUGGAAAUCCAGUUAGUAUUUGAGUCUGAUUUCAUAUGUUUUUCUCUUUCUUGACACCGUUUAUGUUAUCGAAACUCGAAAAUAAAAAUUUAAGGUUUCGUUUUAAGAACCCAACUCACAGUUUGUAAUAAGCAUUGUAUGCAUAAACAGUACUAACAUAACGAGGAUGAAUGCCAACUUAUAUUAACGAUUAAUGAUUUGGUUUUUUUACAAAAGCAACCAUCUACUUGCAUCUUAGAGUAUUUUGUCGGUAUUUGGCACAACGACAAACUAUAUUGCAUAUCGAUAAAUUUGAUUUUUAAUUGUCACGAUAUUGUGUGUAAAUAGUGUUGGCUACAACUGGCCAUGGUUGUUUGUGCGUGUAUGUAUGAUAUAAUGCAAGCGAACUCAUAAAAUCCAUUUGUACGCAAGUUUUCUUCGAUAUUAAUAAAAAAUAAAAAUUGC